AUGGCAGCCACUGCCCAGCUUCGUUACUCUACUGUUGCUCGACACCACUCCAAUCCCUCCGAUAAUCGCCGUUUCUCCAACAACCCUAAUUCCUCAAUCUCCUUUCCCUACUCUAAAACCCUAAAUCGGGCAAUCUCGUUUGUCCCCAAGCCCAUUUGGGAUGGAAAGCCAGAGCUUUCGUUUUCCGGCGGAAAUGGCGAUGGCCGCUCCGGCGCCGGAGCUGGUGGAAACAGCGGAGGCUGGAGCCGCGGCGGCGGAGAUGGGAAUUCCGAUGAUUCUUCGUCUUCAUCUUCGUCGGCGGUUCAGGGUUUUGGAGUUCUGGGUAUGUUUCUCAACGGUUGGAGAUCUCGAGUUGCAGCCGAUCCCCAAUUCCCUUUCAAGGUUCUGAUGGAGGAAGUGGUCGGCGUGAGCUCUUGCGUUCUCGGAGACAUGGCUUCUCGCCCCAAUUUCGGCCUCAACGAGCUCGACUUCGUCUUCUCGACUCUCGUCGUCGGCUCCAUACUCAACUUCACACUGAUGUAUUUGUUAGCACCCACUUUGUCUGCUUCAGCUGCCACUCUUCCUUCGAUCUUCGCCAGUUGCCCGGCUAGCCACAUGUUCGAACCGGGUUCAUAUGGGUUGGUGAACCGUUUGGGGACAUUCGUUUACAAGGGAGCCGUCUUUGCAGCUGUUGGGUUCGCUGCUGGGCUAGCUGGGACUGCCUUGUCAAAUGGGUUGAUCAAACUGAGGAAGAAGAUGGACCCGAAUUUCGAGACCCCAAACAAGCCUCCACCAACUUUAUUGAAUGCGCUCACUUGGGCAGCUCACAUGGGUAUAAGCAGUAAUUUAAGGUACCAAACUUUGAAUGGGGCUGAGUUUUUGCUGGAAAAGGGGCUUCCCCCUCUGGCAUUCAAGACUUCUGUGGUGGUUCUGAGGUGCUUGAACAAUGUGCUUGGUGGGGUUUCGUUUGUGGUGUUGGCGAGGUUGACGGGUUCUCAGAGCGUCGGUGAAGCGAAAUCAGUGGAAGGAGGAGGAGAGGUUGGAUCAGCUGCAGAGAAGGAGAAAUUGGUGGAUGAGAGUGAGGAUUUGCAGAGCAAUCAGUCGACUUACAAGUGA